AAUUUUCACUGCUUGUUGUUUUUGCCGAAGGGCAAGAUCAAUGAAAUUGCCAAUAACUCAUGGUUGUCUACCACCACCAAGGGAAUCAAAGGUUUCGCUUUGCUCCCAACUUGUGCAUUAAAGGAAAAUACCGAUGUUAUGGAGCUGUUCGUGUCCCAUAAUGUUGAAAUUCUUACCAGUGACAAUUGUGCACCUUUACAAGAAGCCAUUGCACGCAAAGAUGUUGAUACUUUAGAAUUGAUUGUUGAAAGUGAUUUAAAAGAGCAUUCAGCCUCUGGGAGCUUUCUUUUCCCUUUUCCUGUCUGUAUCGCAGGUGGUGCGUACGAUUAUGAAAGAGUCCAGUUACUUUUUGGUAAGGAUGCAGGGGUCUAUCGAGGUCUUCCUGCUCUUGAGUCUCAUGAUCAGCCAAUUAUCGACAAAAAUAAUACUGAAAUCAUGGAGAAGCUUUUAAAUACUUCAGUCAAUCUGGGAGUCAGAAGUAGUGGCGGUAGAACACUAAUGCAUAUUGCUGCCUGUGCGGAUGAAGUCAUUCUAAUCAAUUUACUGUUAAAGUAUGGAUUUGACAUAGACGUACAGGACCAGUACCAUUGCACACCUUUACUUCUAGCUUCCGAAAAUGGUCAUAUAUCAACAAUUUCUUUGCUCGUGGAAAGAGGGGCAGCUGUGAAUGCACAGGAUGAAUCUGGUAUGACAAGUUUGCACAUUGCUUGUCGUCAGAACAAUUUUGAGCUAGCAAAAAUCCUCCUUGAUAAUGGUGCUGAUGUAAACUGCAAAACUAAGAAAGGAUUCACACCCUUGCAUUUUGCAAUUCAUUUUAGUGAACUCAAAGAACAACCCUCUCUGAACAGUCCUCCGAACAAUGAAAACCAAGGUGUAGUGUCACAUGCUUCAACAAAUACAAACAGCUUGGAAUGGGAUUUAAAGUUGACAAUUGAGCUUUUGAACAGAGGUGCCUUCAUUAAUGCUAGUGCUUCUCUCGGUUCCACAGAAGGUUUCACACCGUUAGUUUUAGCUGUUGAUAAAGGAGUACCAAAAAUAAUUCAGUGUCUUCUAGAGUGGGGUGCUGAUGUUAACAUUCCAUGUUAUGGGAACUUGAGUUUCCUCAAAAUCUUCCUUGAUGCUUGUAAGGAGUAUCCAAGCAGCUUUUCUGACUGUGCAAGAACUCUAAUUCCUGAUAUUUUAAAAUGCAAGCCUGAUUUAAACAACAAAGCAAGUAGAGAAGCUCUAACGCAAGGUAUUCUGCAGGAUAAUAUUUCAAGUGAAAUCACUUCAUUGCUUUUGCAGUAUGGGUUCACCGUAAAAGAGGAAUUAAGUUUCUCAUUUGACCUAUUACAUUUUGCUCUUCGUGAAAAUCACAUUAACAUUGUCAAAGAACUUCUGAAUUCUGGUGUUAGUGCAAAUGCUGUUUAUCAGUACGUUCACUUUUAUGUUGAAGAUUACGAGUAUGAGAGAAGGAAGACGACGCCCCUUCUAACCGCUAUCGAGAAUCAUAACAAUGAAAUUGUCAGAUUCCUUGUUGAUUCUGGAGUGGACAUCUUUUACGAUGACUUUGCUCCAAAUAACUUGGAAUCACCCUUACGCACUGCCUGUCAGGAAUCAAAUGGAGAGGCUGUCAAAAUUCUUCUCCAGAAGAGCUUUGCUUUAGGCAGUGUAAGCUGGAGGACUAGCAAUCUGAUAGCGUUGAUGCAUAUAGACGAUGAGGAAAUGAUCAAAGAAGCUGUGUGUGGAUGGAUCAAUGAAGGACUGGCAGGUUUCUUGUCGGAACAUAUUCCACUCUCUGCUGAAUAUGGUUCCUCCAACAUGUUGAAGGAGCUAAUAAAGUUAGGUGGCUGUAUUGAUUCCAGAGAUUGGAAAGGGAAAACAGCUCUUCAUUAUGUAUCCAAUAGAAAUUGCAGUGAAAUUGUGGAGCUGCUGAUCAAAAAUGGUGCGGACAUAGAGGCCAAGUGUUUUCACGGACUGACCCCGAUCUCCCAUGCUGCUAAACGUGGAGAUAUAGAAGUCGUUUUGGAACUUCUGAAGUAUGGGGCUAAAAUCAAUCAAUUUGAUACCUAUGACUGCUGUACUUUACAGUAUGCUGUGUCAAACUUUGAUUCGGGAAUUUUGGAAGCUCUUCUGCGCCAUGCUUUCACCGAUUUUCAACUAAUCUGCAGCACGGAAAUCUUGGAAUUUUUAAGCUUCUCCAAUAUUUCAACUGUCAAGAGCAUCGGAGAUAUUUCUUACUUUGAUUUUACGUACGAGGAUAACAAAGAUAAAUUUCAGAAUUUAACCAAGUUCUUAUUGUGCUUUUUAAUGGAAAUGAAAGCAGCAUUUCCGGAUGAAGAUGAUCUUGCCGAUUUUGUAGCUCGAUCAGUUGAACCUGCCCUUCAGUUAUUUGGGGAUGAUGAUUUACUCGCAGAUAAGUAUGAUAUUGGAGAGAUAGCAGUGGAUGUGUCUGAUCUGAUGGAAAAGAAUAACUUGGAAAUCAACAGAUUGAAGAUGCACAUCAUCGAUUCCACUAGUAUAAGUCUAUACGACAUCCUCACCAAAGAUAUGUCGCAAUUGGCUCGUUAUGCCAGAAAUCAGAAAUUAGUCAAUAGUCUCCACAUGGAAGAUCUAGAAAAAGAAUUCCCUAUUUAUGGCAGUGUUAUUUCACACAGAAUGAAGAACGGAGUUUUCAGAAGAAAACUUCUAGAUCAAAUUGUCAAAUUAUGUCCGUUGCUCUUCAAGGAGUUCAACAUGUUACCGGGUGAUAUAAAAGAGAAAAUUUUUGACUACCUGGCUAAUGGCGAUUUAGAAGUUUCAAUCCAUGCAUGUCAAAGAAUUGCUACUGCUCAAGGGAUUACAGCAAUCUCUCUCCCUAGAACUAUGACGGAGGAAAGUACCAAAAUAUUCUGCAUACAUUGCUUAUUGUUCAUACCCAAAGGGAAAGCUGGUGAAAUUACUAUCGGUUCAUGGACAUCUUCAACUGAAGAAACGAUCAAAGGCUUUGUGUUGCUUCCAGCCUCUGUAGUUGCCGAAGAUACUGAAGUUGUGAAGUUGUUCACCCGCAACGAUAUCGAAAUACUUACCAGCCACAACUGCACUCCGUUACAACAAGCCUUAAUACUCAAAGAGGUGGACACUCUAGCCCUGAUCAUCGAAAGUGAAUCAAGCAAGAACGUUUUCAAUUCAGAGGUAACGCCUUUUUUCCCAGUCUCCGUAUCUGGUGAAGAUUAUGAUUACGAGCGAGUCCAAUUACUUUUCGGUCGUGAUGCAGCCGUCUAUCGAGGUACGAAGCCCAGUCCCAAUUCAAGUACAAUUGUUGAUGAAAGUAAUGAAGGUACCAUGGAGAAGGUCCUAAGUACUUCAACUGAUCUAGGAUUUAGAAGUAGCACUGGCGAUGUAAAUUUGAUACAUUUUGCAGCCCGCAUUGGUGAUAACCUUUUGACCCAUUUGCUGUUAAAGUAUGGUGUCAGUAUAGAAACAUGUGACCUCAGCAAAUACACACCUUUACUAUUAGCUUGUUUAGAGGGUCAUGUAGCAACUGUCUCCUAUCUUCUAGGUGAAGGAGCAAAUGUGAAUGCACAGACCAAUUCAGGCGAGACGGGUCUUAUCUUAGCUUGUGAAGCGAACAAUUUGGAAUUAGCAAAGCUCUUACUCAACAGAGGUGCAGAUGUUAAUUUAAGAAAUAAUAAUGGAUUUGUGCCUCUGCACUUUGCAAUUUACAACAGUGAAAUCAAAGUUGAUCCAUCUGAACCCUCCAUUGUAGAGGACAAUGGCAACGGUACUGCUAAUUUUUCUUCAAACACAGAUGACUUUAGAAUGGAUACAAGUCUGAUACUUGAACUACUUGAUAGAGGUGCCUUUGUCAAUGCCUCUGCCUCUUACUGCCAUACAGAAGGUUUGACACCUCUAGUUUUAGCUGUUGAGUUGAUGGACCUGAAAAUGAUCAGGUGUCUUCUAGAGCGAGGCGCCGAUGUCAACAUACCUUGUUACGGUGACCAGUCUGUUCUGAAACUGGCUGUUGAUUUUUGUCUGGCUGCAUCUGGUGCCUCCCAAUCAAAGGAUGUUAUCGCAGAGAUCAUGAAGCAUAACCCUGAUUUGAACAGUAAAGCUAAUCAACAGGCUUUCAGUAAAGUUGUACUUAGAGAAGAUGAUACCUCUAUUAAAAUAGCACAAUUGUUUUCUCAGAAUGGGUUUAACGUAGACAGAAAUUGUGAUUUUACCAUUGAACUGUUACACAAAGCUGUAGGUAAAAAUUACAUCAAUGUCGUUAAAAAACUCCUCGAAUCUGGUGUCUCGGCAAAUUCAGUCUAUCUACAUUCAUUUCCCAAUCCCACUUGGCAUGAUUUUGUUUGUGUGAAAGCAACGCCUCUCAUUAUUGCUAUUGACAAUCAUCACCAUGAUAUUUUGCAGUUGCUUGUCGAUUCUGGAGCGGACUUGACUUUUACAGACAAGGACCUUGGGUCAUUGACUUCACCCAUGUGUGCAGCUCGUAAAGCAAAAAAUUGGACAGCCGCUAAAAUCCUUCUUCAGAAAAAGAUGUCCUCGGACGAAGCUGACAUCAACCGUGACAAUUUAGAAGCACUCAUGCGUAUAGAUGAUGAUGAAAUGAUGAAAGAGGCCAUACAGAGAUGGGUUGAAAGAGGAUUAGCUGGUAUGUUUUCGGAGUAUAUUCCUCUCUCAGCCAAAUGUGGCUCCAUCAAGAUGUUAGAAAAGUUGAUUGAGUUUGGCCCCUGUAUCGAUUCCAGAAAUUUAAAAGGAAUGACAGCUCUCCAUUGUGUAUCUGAUAGCAAUGGCGAAGAAGUUGUUAGGCUACUAAUCAAGUAUGGAGCAGACAUUGAAGCCAGGUGUUUCAAAGGGCUAACACCACUAGCUCAUGCAGUCAGAAGAGGAGACUUGAACGUCGUUAUGGAGCUCUUGAAGUAUGAGGCUAGGAUCGAUUCUUUUGACAAAUAUGGUUACUCGCCUUUAUACUACGCCGUAUUACAAGAUAAUAUAAGAAUCUUUGAAGCUCUUCUGGAGUAUGCCUUUACGAAUUUUCAACUUAUCUGUAGCACUGGUAUUCUGAAAUUUCUCCGUUUCUCUGACAUUUCACAAUUGAAGCAAAGCGGAGACAACAAUGUGCUCUAUCAUUAUGAUAACGUCAGAGUGAAGUUGCAAAACUUGACAAAAAUGUUAUUAUGCUUCUUGAUGAAAAUGAAAGCAGCAUUUCCGGAUGAAGAGAAUCUAGUCAAGUUCGUAGCCUGGACCUCACCGUGCCUUUCAGAACCAUCCCUUCUGUUACUUGAAGCGGAAAACUUAAGUAAAUUCAAAUAUGACAUAGGGUAUAAUCCUGUAGAUGUGGUUGACCUAACGGAAAAACUUGACCAAGAAAUCAAUCAACUGAAAAUGCGAAUCAUAGAUUACACAAGUGUAAGCCUGUAUGAUAUACUCACCAAAGAUGAAACGCAACUAAGUCACUACGCCAGAAACCAGAUCCUUGUGGAGAGUUUUAUAUCGGAAGAUCUUGAAAGUAAAUUUCCCUCGUAUGCUCAUGUUAUUUCAUGUAGGAUGAAGAGAGGAAUGUUUAGGAGAAUGCUUCUCGAUCAAAGCAUAAAACUGUGUCCCUUACUAUUCAAGGACUUUGACAUUUUACCUAGCGAUAUGAAAGAACAAGUCCUGAGCCACUUAAUGAAUAAAGAUUUAGAAGUUUUAAUUAAUGCUUGUUCAAGUAUUGCUGCUUCUCAAGAGAGGGGAGAAGACCCUGCUGCCAGUUAAACAAAAUACUUUAGAUUUUUUUGAAUUUAUCAGCCGAAAACCAACGGACAUCUCAUCUAGGAAGGCACCCUCUAAGUUUAGAAGAUCAACUUAUUUUUUAUUUUUUUUUUAUUUUAAUUUAAAAAAUGUCCAGUAAAGAACAGUUAUCAACGGCAAUGUCUCACUUUUUAAAGAAGUUCUGCCAUUAAUUUUUCUUCCUCAGCUGUGCCUGUUCAGUCAUUUAAAGUUCCAAUUAAUACUUUUUGUUUAAGUUCUUAAAAUUGAAACCUGCAGUUUUACUCUUACAGUACUACUGUCAUUUGUAUUUUUAAGUCUCUUGUGACUCGCAAAAUAUUGCUUUCGGAUAUGCAACGUCUUAAAAUUUAAAAUUUUUUUUUGUAAUAUGCUUUUACAAAUGCAAACCAUCCAUCAAGAGUCAACAGUGUGUUUCAGUCUGUCAAAUAUUCGGCCAGAAAAAUUAGAGGGUGUCGUGUGAAUUUUUUUUCCACCUCUCUUAAUUCUGAAGUUGACUUUAUUUCAUCAUUGUUGUCAAAUGAUAACAAUCUUGUAAUCACAUGUUACUUCAUUUUCUGCUUUAAUUGUUGAGUAAAACUUGAAUUCUACCAUCUCAAAACCAUUUUGAAAGCUGCCUGCAUCUUUUUCAAAUUUCUUGCAGUUUGUGCUGAAAACCAUCAAAUAUUUUAAACAUUGAUAUCUUCCAUGAAAUGAAUCUUGAACUUACCGUGUGCAUCAUUUGUUUAUCAUAAUCAAUGAGAAACCACUGUUAAAAGAUCAACCUCUGGCCCCUCUAAAGUGUAGGUUUCAGUAGAGUUGUAUACAUUCAGUCAUUUUACUUCCUUGUUCUUUCUUCUGCUUUUUGUACCUUAAUACUAAGAAUUGUUUUUUAUUUUGAUAACCUUUUGAAUGUUUAUGUUAAAUUUAGUUAGUGUGAUCGACUGUGACUGCAAUGGACCGCUAGACGAGGUUCAAGUCAAAGCUAUAUGAUAAAUAGCUAUGUUUAUGCGAGGCUCGAAACCCGAGUUUGUAAUACGAGUUUCCUUCGUUGGAUUUAGGCGGUUGCUGUAACCUGACUUUCGCAGGAAAUCAAUCUUUCCGAUUUUCUCGCAGUUUGUGCGCAUCAUAUUUUCGAUCGAACUUGAAUUUCAUGUUUGUCCCUUUUUUCACAACCUAUACUAAAUUUAUCGGCUAUGAAUUAAUUUUUAAUAAUAUAUUAUUACUCUUUUAUCUCGUGUAUCUUCCACAAUACAUGCGAGGCUUCAUCUUCACUAGAAAAACCUUUACUGACUUUCUGAGGAAUCAUUGGAAAAAUGACAAUGGAUGUUUAGUUAAAUAAUUUCAUGUUCAUUGUUAAAAAUUGACUAAAUCAGGAUAAAUAAGCCACAUACGACUUAAUGAAUUACGCUAAAUUGCUUUAACAACAAUUACUAAAAUUAUGAUAACAAAAAAUGUUGAUUAAUGGCAAAAUUGGAACGAAAUAGUGAAAAAAGCACCAGUUGUUUACAAAUGUUGGAUAACAUGUCAUGUCGUCAUGUUACCGAUCGUCCACCCGAAAAUAGCAUUUCAAGUUGAAUUUCAACCUCCAGUUCUUUUAUGUGGAAUGCAAAAACCUAAUCUUUAGUGUAAAUUAAGGUUUCAAACACAAAUUUAGGAAACCUAAAUUUCGUUAGUUCCGCAUCGUUUAUGCCGUGAUUUGAACCUAGGUUCCAAACUCAGGUUUCGAUUGAAGUUAGGUUUAGAGCCUCGCAUAAACAGAACUAAUGUUUUCUUGUGAAAAUCUCUUGAAAGGACAAUAAUAAUUACUGAAAGUAGUUCCUUACCAAGACAUUACGUUUUUUAAUGCAGAAAUCGAACUUCCAUCUCUUAAAGAAGCAAUCAUCCACUUGUGUUAAAUUGCCCACAAUGUAACCCUGACAGUCUCUAUGGUAUAAAUUAUAGUGUUUAAAAUCUCGGGACUUCAGCUCAGCUGUUCCACUUUAAGGACAAUGUAAAGAACACAGGGUGGGAAAGAAACGCUGCUCGAGUGAAAAACCUGCCAUAACCGUUGUUGUGCAUGUUUAAUACAAGUAUACUCUUCUUUUCUUUUGUGAGCGGGAAAUUCAAUUUUUUCCUCACAAGUGCUGAAUACGAAUGUUAAUAUCUUGGUCUAGAGUUGGUAUCAGUGAUGUUAGUCGCGUGAAUCAAGUUCCAUGUAGAUUUUUGGAGAGGAAAUAUUGUGUCCUAUUGCCUAAAUACGCACCGUGUCUAGUGGUCCAUUAGGAGUAAAAUCCUAUAUUGCAUUUGCAGUUUUUUUUUAAAAUGUAUGUUACCAAGAUAGUGCACCAGUUUAAAAGAGCUUAAUUUGUUUUACAGAUGAAAUAUCUGUUAAUGAUUUAUUUCUUUGGCCUCAUUUUGGCAAUUCUCAGGUCUAAUUCAAGUACAGUCUCUUGUAUUUUUUGUCCCAGUAUUAAGUGCCUAGAAUACUUAUUUUUCCUGUGAACCACCGACAUUCUCAUUUUGUAUUUUUAUAUUUCCUUUCUUGUUCAUUAAAUGUUUAUUCCUUCUCUAA